GUUGGAAACUGAAUUUUAUAGAUCCACCGCUCCCCGUAUCAGCGAAUUACGUACCGCUCCUAUGAAGGCACACCGACUUACUCAUCCUUGGACAUGUAUCCGCACAGCCAGGUCCUGCAGGACAUCUACCAGACGAUGCCCCCAUUCCAGACCAGCCUGACGGUGAUGUGCGAAAUCUCGAUCCUGCACAUCUACACCAAGAGCGCCUCGCAGACGCUGGUGGUGAGCGAUCUGGUCACUACAAUUUCCCCCAAUUUGCUCGGCCUGGACGGUUCCAACAAUCGGCGGAAAGCGAACGGAGAUCCGGACAAUUCGGCGCUUACCGGUCCCGGAAGUGGCGCCCGGAUGUUGAUGGCAUCUGGCAUCUGGAGCAGCGUCGCGAUGACUCUUCUACUUCUGGUGAGUUCACUUGACGCCAGGAUGAUGCAACACUUGUGAUCGGCUCGUUUGAAAUUGUAAAUAAUCUUCUGUGGGAUAAAAGAAGUGACAACAACAGCUCCCAGUUAAUGAAUACUGCGACGAAGUAAUAGUAAACGAGCUAAUCUCAUACAGCUUAAAAUCAGAAAAUAUUAAUAAUAUAUUUAUACAUAGGAAAAACUGAAAAAAAAAACGUAAAACUGCUGUUGAAAUGUACAUGUAAAUUAUAUGUAUUUGAGCUUUUUACUACAUGGUUUUGAUCCAAUCGAUGCUUAGCCGGAUGAAUCAAAAGUUUGAAAAAAAAACAAAAAUCAUUGAUCAGUGGAAAAUGGAAAAUUAGUUUUGAAAUUUAACAUCUCGAAUGCAGGAGAGGAAUCCCGAUGCAAAAUAUAAAUUGACAAACACAAUCUAGAACUAGAAUUUUGCUUAAAUGUGUCGUGUGAAAAAUUCUUAUGAACAAGCAUUUGAAUCAAGUCAUUGUGUAAAAUGAAGCUUCCUUAAUUACGCUUUAAAAGCUUAAAUUUUGGUUUUCCAACAUUGGACUGCAAGUGUUAUUUUAUAAUUUAUGAUAUUUUGAGAAAAAGUCAAAAAUCUUAAACUGACUGGAGAAAAACUAAUAUUAUAGACUGUUCCAAAAAAUAUAAAUACACUUCUUAUUAAAAUAAAUUAAUCAUUUUUUUUAAUAAACAUGUUAAUCUCAAACAAACUAUAAAUUGUGUUUUGUUUCAAUUUCUAAUUCAUUUAGCAUAGUAUUUGUAGUGUAGGCAAGUUCUCUUACUUUUCUCUCAACGCUAUUCAUCAGCUUUCAAUUUUUCAACACUGUCCUCUGGUUUUAUGUAUUUACUCAGAUUUACCUUAGUCAUUGCCAAAACAGUUUCGAUCGGACGAAUCUCUGGACAGUUUGGUGGGUUCAUGUCUUUCGGUAAACAUGUGACCUUAUUGACUUCAUACCUUGUAUGUCUAUGAGGUUUGAACAUGCUCCAACGCUCCCACCUUCUUUCUUAACUAGUUUUCUGAUUAAAAGACCACUCACAGUGCCUAGUUUGUGCACAAUCCGUUUUCUUUGCUCGGGAAUAAUUUUUAGAUUUCUUCGUGAAAAAUGACAAAAAAUGACAACGCCUACUUCACUUGGAUGUAAACAACAGCAGGUACGCAGCCAAAAUUUGGUUUUUGAAUUGACAGUUGUUUUAUAGUGUACUUAUAAUCAUCGAAACAGUCUAUAAUUGUUCACAAACAUUACAAGAAACUAAGCUUCCUAAAUCGGUUGAGUAAAUCAGAAUGGCUUUUUAUUUUUAAAAUUUUUUCAUACCUUCUUGCCUUUCGAAUUUUUACUUUCAUCUUGAAACAUACAUAUAUGUUCUCUUACUUUUUUUCUCAACAAACUGUAUGAACAAAAAGGCCCUUUUCCGUAUGGUUCAAAGCUACAUACAUGUCUCCAACAUAAUUGCUGCAUGAAUUCAUAUCUUCGAUUUUUUGCUUAAGUGGCAUGUAAUGCCCUGAUUCACCCUCGUUAAAAACCAUUACAGUGCUUCCAGAAAUAAUCAUGAUUUUGUUUCAAAUUAAUUCAUUAAGAAUUAAUAUUUUUUUACUAUCAAAAAAUUUGGGCCGGGGGUCUUCAGAUUUUCCCUAUUUUGCGAUUCAGAAAUCCACCUGGUUUAUUAGGAUCUAUAACUUCAACGAGAAGCGCGACCUGAGUGCAGUUGAAUGAUUCAAAAAUAUACUUUUUAUUUUAUUUGCCAUGUAACUUCCAUUGUUUAUUUCAAUCUGUGAAAAAAAAUUGAGAAAUUAUGAAAUUUUAGAAAAUUUAAAUUCAAUAUUGAAUUGAAAACAGAUCAAUGAUAAAUUUUGUAAAAUGUAACAUAGUAAACAAAAAUAAACUAAAAGUUGAAUGUAAGAUUACUUCACUAACAAAAAAGUGAAACGCAAGAGAAUCCUAGAUAACCAAAUUUGAUUGAUUGUGUAAAGAAAUAAGAUAGUCAACAAACAAUCGAAAAAAAAAACAAAAAAUAACACAAACUCCUUAACGUUGUAUAGUUGAAGCGCUACUGCAUAAGCUUAGAAGAAUACCUAAACAUGCCCAAACAAAACUAAACACACGAACAUGCUCACCUUAAAACACAAUCACGAUUGGGCAGAAAAUGAAGAAAAAAAAUGACAACAAGAGAAAAAAAUAAAAAAUCCGUUAGCACGAACAUCAAACCAUACAGAAAAAAAAGUUAUAACAAAAACAUAAAUUUCCAGUAUAAAGGUCGAACACAGUCGACAGCCGAGGAAGAAAAAUGUGUGUGCGUGUGCGUGUAAGUCCGUGUGCAACUUUAGGAUUAGAGUUAAAAAAAAAUCACAUGAAAAAAAAAAACAAAAAAUCAAAUGGCUUGUUAUUGUCGCGGCGCGAAAAAAGAAAUAUGAACCCAAAUAGACAACGGACAUUGUUCAAACAAAGCUCACACACACUACUGUUAGAUAUUUACUUGCGGGUAUGAUUUGCGGUUGUUGGUUUCUGAAGAUCGGAAAAUUUAGUAAUUUUUAAAUUUAAAUCGUUCUGUACAUUUCGAUUUCGUUGAUAGGUGAGAAACAGUUGAACAGUUAUGACUCUAGGAGUGCUGGUGGGAGGAUGUGUUGAGUUAGCAAAUGAUUAAUGGGAGAAAAAAAACUUGUAUUAAAGUGAACGUGACUCCGAGAAGUAAAAAGAUAAUAAAACAAUGACUAGUAGUGAAAAUAUUAACUCGAAACAAAUUAAGAGGAAAAUACAACCAGUAAUAUGAUGUUUCUUUUAUACAUAAACAAAAUGAGAUAAAAACUGAAAAUGUAAACAAAAUUUGCGCAAAAAAGACACAAACAAACAACCCAGAUAAACUCAAACAUGAAAAUGCACCGAUAAACGUCGGUGAGAAAUUAAAAAAGAAAACAAAUGUUGUGAGGUGGUACUUUAGAGAGAAACAAAACACUUGCUAAGCAACAAAAGAGGAAUGAGGGAAGAAAAAGAAAAAUUAGCAGAAUAACAAACGGAAGAAUUUAAACCUGUUUUGUUCGACAA